AAACAAAUGUAUAGUUUGGUUAAGAAAGUCAAAUAACAUUCUCUUGUCAGUUUUGAACCUUAGAAUUCCAAAUUGUAGCAGACAAAUAGAAGGAAGAAUGGACCAUGUUUGUUUAAAUACAAUGAUAGGCAGCCACAAGAUUGCUGUAAAGGGCUCCAGCAGAAAAAAGAACCAAAAAUAGGGAAACACUGGAGAAACGUUGCCAGCAAAGGGUUGGCUUCCCAGAUAAGCAGAGACUAAGAAAUAAGCUAAGAAUCAACUUACAGUCUGUCUUUUGGUAAAGUUAAGUACAUCGAAGAUCCAGCAGAGCAAAAGCAUAAAAAAGAAGGAAUCUGUAGAGAGAGAGAGAGAGAGAAGAAUCACAUGGGUUUGCUUGGAUUCCCAAAGCUUGCGGUUGAAACACAAACAGUAUUAAACCUCAAUCCCUCCAUUUCCAUCUUUCUCAUUCACGACCUUCAAAUUUCUUCUUCUUGUUCCUCUGUCUUUCUCUAGGUUCCUCUGAGGGAGAAGUGGCAAUUGGAUUGAAUAAACGCCAAGGACAGAGAGAGAGACAGAGAUGGCUGUUUUGAAGGCUUGUUUUGGAAUCUAUGCUGCUGUGAUUAUUGCUGUCUUUUAUGUUGUAACUUUGCCUGUAUCUGCAGCUGAAUUUUCCUCUUCUCCAGCUCCAGCUCCCACUAGUGAUGGAACCACAAUAGACCAAGGAAUAGCAUAUGUUCUAAUGCUGGUGGCUUUAGUGCUUACUUAUAUCAUCCAUUGAUGCAACUUUUGAAAGCACCAAAAAACAGGAGAAGAAUUAACAGCAUUCAUUCCAAUUAAAAUUGCAUUAUUUUCAAGUGUAUGAGAUUAAAUGAAGAUGGUGUGGCUGUUUCAUUCAAA